AUGGAGGCUCCGAACUCAAAGGCUGAAGGCCCCACAUUGCAGACUGAGAGUGAAAGGAUGGACACAAACCCCCUGAUGGGCAGCAAUGCAGCACCGAUGCCUACUCGUUCUUUCAGAGAAGGAGGCCUGGGAGGUUCCAAGCUCCUCAAAUCCCCAGGCAUUCUGAGAUGGUGCCAAGACUCUUGGAUAGUUGAAGAUCUGGCUCUAGCAUUAUCAGUAUCAUGCUUGGUUGCCAUUUCCGUCAUCCUAUCUUGUUUCCAUGACAAGCCAGCCGAUUCAUGGCAUUCAGGUCUUGGUAUCAAUGCCGUUUUGUCCAUUUUGGCGACAGCCUUGAAGGGAUCAGUUGUGCUAGCUGCAAGCUCAUCAAUAGGACAACUAAAAUGGGCAUGGUACUCUCAAUCGCCUCAACCUCUGGAGUAUUUUCAAGCUUUCGAUAGCGCGUCCCGAGGCCCGAUUGGUGCGUUACUGCUCCUUUGGAGCGGAACUCGGUCUGCGCUUGCUAUUACAGGGUCAUUAAUCAUGCUGGUGGCCCUGGGUUCAGACGCAACAAUCCAGGCGUCCACCUCGCAGCAGUCCAGACUGAGACUUACAGAUACCGCCACUGUGCCAGUGGCCAAAUUUCUUGACCCAAACAUCACUUCCGAUCCCUUACUCUUAAGGGCAAUAUAUACUGGGACAUUCAGCGCUCAAAACAUUUCGAACAACGCUCUGUAUUCUGGGGCAGUGGAUGUCUCGCCUACCGGAUCUUUGGAAGCCCUUGACACUGUCACGCCUUUUUGCAGUACCGGUAGUUGCACUUUCGAGCCAUAUGCCUCUUUAGCCAUUAAACACCAAUGCUCGAAUAUAACCGAUCAGCUCCAGUAUGAGAAUGAUGGGACAAGUUACAGAAUCGUCAAAUUAUCAACUUAUCCCAUAUUUCCUCCAGAAUCUGUGAAUCAGGGCCCGAGUCUCAAUCUCAGCGGUCAAAUGGCUCUCGACCCGUUCAGUUUUGAGGAGAACCUAGACCAAAGUACCUUCCUUAACAUGUCUUCAAAAAUAAUGGAUGAAGUAACUGAAGCCUCAUACAACUCGACCAACUUGUCUUUCACGGAAGUCUACAUGAUAUUGUUCGAGGCUGCUACGGACAGUUUCCAAUCAUUUCGGUGCACUCUUGACUUGGGCUUGCAACUAUACACUGCAUCAAUAGAACAGGGACUGUUUACGGAAACCCCCGGCGACUUCAUCAAAGGGAACUGGACGUUGAGGACACGUGACGGCAUCGACACCAAUCCUGAGGCUGCUAAGAUUUCGUCGGGUUCCUAUUGGUCACUCGAAACGACUGCGGCUGGCAAGAGAUACCCGGUGGCGGUUUCAUCCACAGGCUGGGACAUGAUUCGUUACGAGGUUUCUCCACACUUCUCUGGUGAAAUUAUGGGUUUGAGUGUUCACAAGUGUGAGGAUAAUUAUAUUCUUGCGGAAGCCAUCAUACAACUUCGACCCUGGAAUACGACAUUGGAUUUUAUUUUCGAGAGUAUUGCCCGAAGCGUCACGCAAUAUCUGCGCACGGCUUCUGUUGACGUUGCCAUUGGUACGACUCAAUACCAGGAACAGUACAUACAAGUGCGCUGGCCAUGGCUUAUCUUACCUGUCGUGCUGGUAUUGUCGAAUAUUGUUUUCGUGCUCAGUGUGCGUUUGCAAAGCCGGCAACUUCAAUUACCCAGCUGGAGGAAUAGUGCGCUAGCUACUUUGCUGAAUGACAAUAACACGGGUGAAGGCAAAAUAGUAUGCGAACUGCAAAAGGGCCAGAUUAUACCAAUCGGUCCGCACCCACGUUUUGGGACAAUAAGCGAGAUAGACGCAUGGGCUAAUGCACGAUAUGCCUUAGGGAGAGGCUGUCACAAUGGAAAACCGGGGGUAUACACAACUGAGAACGACAGCUUAGAGGAGCUUGAUGAGAUAAUGUGA